UGAAUCCGUAAUCCGUUUCGAAAAAUACGCUUCACAGUCAAUAUGGCCGCAAUGGAUUCUAAAAACGCAUUGAAGACAUGGGAGUUCAGCAAUAACAUGGAAAGUGUCAACUCACAUGACGAAAUAUACAGAUAUGACAAGCAACAACAACAGGACAUUUUAACAGCAAAACCAUGGGAGAAGGAUCCUCACUACUUCAAACAUAUAAAGAUCUCUGCCCUUGCCCUUCUGAAGAUGGUUAUGCAUGCAAGGUCAGGGGGCAACCUAGAGGUCAUGGGUCUUCUGUUGGGAAAGGUUGAUGGUAACACUAUGAUUGUAAUGGAUAGUUUUGCUCUGCCGGUCGAGGGAACAGAGACACGAGUCAACGCCCAGGCACAGGCUUAUGAAUAUAUGGCUGCUUACACAGAGUCAGCUAAACAGGUUGGAAGAUUGGAGAAUGCCAUUGGCUGGUACCACAGUCACCCUGGAUACGGAUGCUGGUUGUCAGGGAUAGACGUCAGUACACAGAUGUUGAAUCAGCAGUUCCAGGAACCGUUUGUUGCCAUUGUGGUGGACCCUGUAAGAACUAUAUCAGCCGGCAAGGUCAAUAUAGGAGCCUUCAGAACCUAUCCUAAAGGAUAUAAGCCUCCGGAUGAAAGUCCCUCUGAAUACCAGUCCAUUCCAUUAAACAAGAUAGAAGACUUUGGUGUCCAUUGUAAACAGUACUAUGCCCUAGAUGUUUCCUAUUUCAAGUCUGCCCUAGAUAGAAAACUCCUUGAAUCUCUCUGGAAUAAGUACUGGGUGAAUACUCUAAGCUCAUCCAGUCUACUCACAAAUGCAGAUUACACGACUGGUCAAAUUUUUGACCUAGCUGACAAGCUAGAACAGUCCGAGGUCCAGCUUGGUCGUGGAGGAUUCAUGCUUGGUAUGGACUCGCACGAGAAAAAGUCGGAGGAUAAAUUAAUGAAAGCAACGAAAGAUGGGUGUAAACCCACGAUGGAGUCUAUCCAUGGUCUGAUGUCUCAGGUGAUCAAAGACAGACUUUUCAACAGGGUUCACCUCGCUAAAUGAUGCUGGGAUUCUUUAAUAGAGAAUAUCUGGUCAAUUUAUCAUGUGACUAUUUAGCCGAGAUAAACCUGACCAAGUGGUCAUGUGAUAGUUUUCUGGAGUAUACCAGACCAAGUUGAUGGUCAUGUGAAAUUUUUCUGGAGUAUAACUGGACAACUGGUCAUGUGACAAUUUUCUCGAGUUUACCUGAACAUAUUGUCAUGUGACAGUUUUCUGGGGAAUAUGUCUGGCCAAGUGAUCUGGUCAUGUUGUCAUGUGACAGUUAAUUGGAGAACACCAGGCUGAAUGAUAUGUGAUUUUGUACUAAAGAAACAAAAAAUGACGACAUGGUCAUGUGACAGUUUUCUGGAGUAUACCUGGCUAAAUGAGAAUGUGACUGUUUACUAGAGAAAGCAUUUGGCCAAACAGUCACGUGACUUUGUAUUUGAAUGUAUGGUGAUCAUUUUAGGAUUUAAGCAAAGCCAUCAUACUAAUGCAGGAUUGAAGCAUUUAGGGUCUCACAGCACAGCUGUCAGUGCAAUUUUGUCAACAGCUACAAUUCAAUGCUUUAAAGAAUGGGACUGCAGAAAAUGGGAGAGUUUGUGUUCAAAUGGAGCAUAUUUGCCAGAGAGGAACUUUAGAGUUUAGUAUGAAUGAUUGAUGGAAUCAGUAUGUUAAGUGCUACUUGUAGAUUAUUUAUACUUUCUGCCUAAUGUGUAUAAUUCUACUGUGAAAUAUCACCAGAGAUUUACUUAUAAUGUUAAAAAUAACUAGUGCUGGAAGUCCAAUAAAUUAUGUGCUAUGAUAUUAAUCGAAAAAAAAUCAGUAAAAUCAUAUUUGCAUCAA